AUCAUCCACACCAUCCUUCCUCACUAAGAAGGAGCAGCAGUUGAACAAGAUGGAAAAACUGAUCCUUCAGCUAAAGAUGAUGACAUGUGAGAGGGAUGAACUGAGUGUAAUACUGGCCCAUUACAUCAGCAAUGAUCGGAACAACAGGGUCAUGCCCUGCACAGACCGAAUUCUGACCUUGAGAUGCUGAAAAUGGAGCACCAGAAGGAGAUGUCAGAUAUGAAGAAAUACCCCAAGGAAAUUAGUGAGGCCUUGUACAAGUAUAUGGUGCUGAUUGAGAAGACUAACUCCUACCACAUCCUCAACAGCAGCUUCUGAGUGAAUGGACACAAUUGAAUGAAAAAGUCUGCAUGUUGAAAGAAGAUAACAAAAAGCUGCAUGGGGAGCAGAUUUUGCUGCAAGAGUCCUGUGAGGAGGUGAAGAGGCUCUUUGAGGAGACCCAUGAGAAGAUCUAUGACCUCUGGACAUUGCAGCAGCAGGAACAUCAAACACUGGAGGAGAAUCUUCAGUGUCUGCUGCAACAGAAGGAACUGGUUACUCAGCAAAAGGACUUGGCAGUAAAACUGCAGCAUCACUCCCGCGAAUCCCAGAUGAGGUUUGAACACCUCCAGCAAGAACUGGAACACAACACAGCCCAGGAGGAGAGCCUCCUGCAGACGGAGCUGCUGAAGCAGGAGCACUAUGUGCCAGGCAAGAGAGCCUCCAUUGAGCCCCAUUCCCAGCAACCAGGGACUCAUGGGGUGGAUUUUCUCCCUUAG